AUGAAUACUAUUCAAAAUCGUCUUUUAAUUUCAUUUAUUACUGCAUGGAUAGCUUAUGCAUUAACUUAUUUCUUACGUAAACCAUUAGGAAUUAUUAAAACUGAUCUUGAAAAUGAUUUAAAAUUUUCAAAAUAUCAGUUGGGCCUAUUUGAUACAGCAUUAUUAUUACCCUAUGCUCUUGUUCAAACUUUCUUUGGUUCAUUGGGUGAUCGAUAUGGUGCUCGACGUACAUUUGGUUAUGGUCUUAUUGGUUCAGGAAUAUCCAUGAUUACAUUCGGAUGGUGGAGUGAUUAUCGAAUUCUUUUUGUAUUACUUUUUCUAAAUGGUGCAUGUCAAUCAUUAUGUUGGGCAGCAGCAAAUAAAGGUCUUGGUGCUUGGGUAACUGAUAUUCAACGUAAUUUUGUUUUUGGUUUAUUUGGUACAUGUCCAUUUGCUGGUGGUAUUCUUGGUACUGCUCUUGCUGUAUACAUUCAAGGAAAAGAUGGUUGGCGUCUUGUUCAUUUUCAACCAUCAAUUUUUUGUAUUAUUGCUGGUGUUUUGGUUCUUUUUCUUUUUCGAGAACCAUCUGAAUUAAGAAUGUCCAUAACUGGAAAAGAAUCACCUGUAAAAGCUACAGAUAAUCGUCCAAGAAUGACAAUUAUGGAAGUAUACCGUUUACCAAUGGUCAAAGAAAUAGCUGCUAGUGUAUUUUGUUUAAAAGUUGUUCGAUAUGCAAUUUAUUUAUGGCUUCCUUUAUAUUUAAAACAAGAACUUAAUUAUUCGAAAUCUGAUGCUGGUCUUUUUUCAACUAUGUUUGAUAUUGGUGGAGUUGCUGGAAGUGCUACUAUUGGAUUUAUUCUUAAUCGAUUUUUUAAUAAUGAAGGAUGUCUUGGUGCAGGUGUUGAAACAUUAUUUAGUGCUGGCACUCUUCUUCUCUUCUUAGUAUUUGCACAAUCAGGCAUAACUAUCAAUUCAAUUUUAAUGAUUGUAACUGGAUUACUCAAUUGUGGAGCUGAUAUUAUUCUAUGUAGUUCAGUACCAAUUGAAAUAGGUGAAAUGAAUGGUCGAAAUGCUGGUAGUGCAGUUAUUGGUUUUGUCAACGAAGAAAAGAAAUAA